AACCACAAGAAAGAAAAGAGGAAUUUCUGUCAGUACGGAUACGGAGGCAGCAUGACUUCGUUAAUUUAUGAGCUGUCGUUGGUACUGAUUGUAUUUAGUGCAAUUUCGAUUAAAGAAGUUCAAAGUCAAAUACAAACCAUCAAUGUGUUGCACGUCAAUGAAGACAAUUACAGAGUCGCUGAGAGUUCGGUAAAGGUCGCCACCUUAUAUGCCAACAGAAAGGAAGAUUUAAAAAUGAACGUUAAAGUUGAAACAGCUACUGGAUACCGAACCGAUUCCAAUAAAACGCUGGAAUCUCUUUGCAAAACCUACGGCACGAUGCUGGCUAACAAAGCGCCGCCGCAUCUACUUUUGGAUACCACCAGAACUGGAUUCGCUUCGGAAACUGUCAAGAGUUUCGCACUAGCAUUAGGGAUUCCCACUAUCAGUGGAUCAUUUGGCCAAGAAGGCGAUUUAAGACAAUGGAGAACGCUUACUCCGGAACAACAGCAUUAUCUAGUACAAAUAAUGCCUCCUGCGGACUUAAUUCCAGAGUUAAUUAGAACCAUUGUACUGCAGCAGAACAUAUCUAAUGCAGCAAUUCUUUUCGAUGACACCUUCGUGAUGGACCACAAGUACAAAUCUCUGCUUCAGAACAUUGCAACGCGCCACGUUGUAACUCCAGUAAACCCUGCCGACGUUAAAACUCAAUUAAUAAAAUUAAGAGAGCUGGAUAUAAUGAAUUUCUUCAUCCUUGGCGGUUUAGAUACUGCUAAAAUGAUUUUGGACACGGCAGACAAUUUGGAUUAUUUUUCAAGAAAAUUUGCAUGGCACAUACUGACUCAGGAAAACGAAGAUGUGAAAUGCAACUGUCGGAACGCUACCAUCGUUUACAUAAAGCCGUUGCUCGUCGAUCCAUAUCGAAAUAGAUUAAACACUCUGCGAACUUCUUACCAAUUAGAUGGUAAACCGCAAAUAUUGGCAGCGUUUUACUUUGACUUAGCUCUCCGUUCGUAUAUGGCCGUGAGAUCCAUGCUUGGUUUCAAUCAGUGGCAACAGAAUAUGUCGUACAUUACAUGCGAUGCUUACGAUAUGGUAAAGAAGAACACUCCACCGAGAAAUCAAAUACUACUCAAAAAGAGUUUUAGUGAGGUCACGGGAGAAGAGUUGGCAUAUGGUCCCUUCCGCAUGGUGUCCAAUGGAAAGAGUUAUAUGCAAUUUGACAUGGAACUUACGGCCGUUGGGGUUAGAGACGGAUCGCCUGAUAAGUCGGUGAAGCUGGGAAAGUGGAAAGCAAGUUUGGACCCCAACUCUGCUAUUGAGUAUGCAGAUUCCCAAAGUUUGCAGAAUUAUCGCGCCGAUGUUAUAUACAGAGUGUACACCGUUGUUCAACCACCUUUCAUAUACCAAAACAGCUCAUUUCCAAGAGGCUUUAAUGGAUACUGCAUCGAUUUAAUGGACCACAUUGCGAAAUUUUUACAAUUCGACUACGAAAUUAGAGUGCAAACGGAAGGUGGAUUCGGGCAAAUGGAUGACAAUGGAAAUUGGAAUGGCAUCGUCAAAGAGCUCAUAGAUAAAAGGGCGGACAUUGCCCUUGGAGCAAUGGCGGUUAUGGCUGAAAGGGAAAGUGUUAUCGAUUUUACCGUUCCGUAUUACGAUUUGGUCGGAAUUACCAUUCUGAUGAAACUGCCAAAACCUUCGACGUCGCUCUUCAAAUUUUUAACGGUACUGGAGCAUGAAGUAUGGAUUUGUAUUCUAUCAGCGUAUUUUUUAACCAGCUUGUUGCUGUGGAUAUUUGAUCGAUGGAGCCCCUACAGCUUCCAAAAUAAUCGCGAAAAGUAUAGAGACGAUGAGGAAAAACGAGAGUUCCAUAUCAAAGAGUGCCUAUGGUUCUGCAUGACAUCAUUAACUCCUCAAGGGGGUGGCGAAGCCCCGAAGAAUUUAUCUGGACGCUUGGUUGCUGCAACGUGGUGGUUGUUCGGUUUUAUUAUUAUCGCUUCUUAUACCGCUAACUUGGCCGCUUUUCUCACGGUUUCUCGAUUGGAUGUACCCGUUGAAUCUCUGGAUGAUUUAUCAAAGCAGUACAAAAUACAAUAUUCGCCUCUUAACAAUUCGGAGGCGGCAACUUACUUCAAACGUAUGGCCAAUAUUGAAAAACGAUUUUACGAAAUAUGGAAGGAUAUGAGUUUAAACGACAGCCUCUCAGAUCUGGAACGUGCACAAUUAGCAGUGUGGGAUUAUCCAGUUAGUGACCGCUAUACGAAAAUGUGGCAGACCAUGCGAGAUUCAGGUUUGCUGAAUACAUUGGAAGAAGCUGUCGCAAAAGUGAGAACGUCUAGAACGCAAAAUGAAGGCUACGCAUUCAUUGGUGAUGCUAGCGACAUCAAGUACUUGGAGCUCACUACAUGUGACUUGCAAAAGGUAGGGGAGGAAUUUUCGAGGAAACCUUAUGCCUUAGCCGUGCAACAGGGCUCUCCAUUAAAGGAUCAACUUAAUUCGGCAAUUUUGAAUUUGUUAAAUAUGCGUCAAUUGGAGCGGUUUAAGGAGUUCUGGUGGCACGAGAAUCCCUUUCGCGUAAAAUGUGAGAAGCAAGAGGACCAAUCCGAUGGUAUUAGUAUUCAAAAUAUUGGCGGGGUCUUCAUUGUCAUCUUUGUGGGAAUAUGCUUAGCUUGCGGUACUCUCGGCUUCGAAUAUUGGUAUUAUAAACAUCGUAAGGUAGGAAAUGUUAUUGAUAUAACGGCCGGAAGCAAAGAUGCGUACGAUAUGAACGGAGAAAACAUUAACAAAGAGCCGGUGAAGAUGCCUCAAAAAGAUUUGUCUGAUUCUGAUGCUCAACGGUUCAAAACGCUGUCGGUGUAUCCAAGAGCAAGAUUUUAGAUUUCAUCGAUUUCGUCGAAAUCUAAGUGUGCUUUGAUUGUUAUUUAUUGAACAAUUUAUUUCAAGUUGACUUGUAUAAGCGCGUGGGCUUUUCAGAUACGCUACACUUUAUGACUCUGGAAUUUGUUACAGUGAAUUUCAAAACGAUGUUAAUUCAUGUCUUCCGUCAUAACACACAUUUUUUUAAUCAAAAUUUUAAAGAUGUGGUGGGGAUUACCUUUUAAAGAAAUUAUCUUAAAAAUUUAACCGUUUUACGAUAUGCUGGCUACGGUUUUUUUUAUGAUGGGUUGCGUCUCAUAAAAACCUCUGAUAUUGCACGAAUACAUUUUGAGAACAAAGACAUCAAUUUAGACAUUUUAACGAAUGUUGAAAUUCGUUUUCCUAUUUGAUAGAAACAAAAAAUGGAACCAGCAAAUUAGACCUAGUAUCUACAGCAAACCCUAAAUCCUUAAAAAGAAAAGGAAACUAAAAUAUAUCAAACCGUUUCACCAACAUGGUUCCAAAACACUGAGGGCUUUUUCACGGUGGACUAACGACUUUGAUACCUACCUUUCCACUUCCUUGAUAGGUAAAUUUCCUUGCUGUAUCACAAAAUCGUACGUCUCAUGUCAAAUGUUUAAACAGGUUCAACAAAAAAAGAACACUGCAUAUGAGUAUAAAUAGUAACCGCUUCAACUGCAAUAAUAUUCGUAUGAAAUUGUUAAUUUAUGUAGGUUUGCUGGUAGCUGCAACAGAAAUUUAAAAAAUUAUUCCUCGUGGUCUCUUGAAAUCAUCUGCAAAUAGUUAACUAGGUAUAUAAGAAAAUUCUCUUUUAUUCAAUAGCAUACGAUACCGUCAAGCAACUGCAUCAUCUCCAUUCUCCAUGUCUCAUUUCAUUGCUCCGUUUUGGUUUCUUUAGCAUCAGAACCUGUGAAAUUAAAUUUGUUAUCACUACUGGCCAAAAUUUGAAUAGAAGAUCAGGAAAAUCAACCUUAGCGUGCAUUUUGUUUUGAAAUUAAAUAAGAGAGUAUAAAAUCCGAGAUAAAAUCAGUUCCAUAAUAUAUGUCAAUAUAUUAUUUCGUGGUCUAUUCUUAUAAUACAUAAGUGAAUUUUUGCCGGAAAAAUAGGCUUUUAAAAAAUGUUUGCAGAUUUUUAAUAAGUAGGCACUUGAAACUGUAUGCUUUAUUAUUAUUCUAAUAGUAUUAAAUGCUGCGUGUAUUUAACAGUUCAAUCCAAGCAAAAAUCUAUCAAUCAAUCAAUGCUAAUUUCGAAAGUAAUAUUUAUACGAAUAUUGAAUCAUGUAGAAUAUAGAAGCUCAAAAUGAUGUAUUGUCAAUGCAUAAAUUUUUUAUACGCAAUGAUUAAGGUCCUUCUGUGGUGGCGCUGUGGGGUAACGAAAGGGAAGAUCUGAUCAAUGUGAAACCAAAAAUAUUUGAAUUAUAUAUAAAAAUAUAACAGGCUUUUAAUCUCUGCAAGUCACAAAUUUAAUGAUUACUCGGCUAUAAAAACUGCAUCUACGUAGAGUAGCAAAAAUAACUGGCUAGAUUAGUUCUGUCAUUCUAGAAAAAAUGAACAGUAGCGCAUUUUCCAUGAAUUGAUCAGUACUUCCCGAAAGGUCAUGUAACGGACUAUUUGUGUACAAAGGCAUAUAAGUUCCUAUAAAUAAGAAUGCGCACACCUGCUGUUUAAAGUAUGCGAUUUUUGCCUUUACUAAAAAAAUCUUUUGAUAACAUUUCAAAAAAUAUCUCUAUAAAUAAGAAAGGUGACAUUGUGCAGCUUGCGCAUAGCUAUAAGCGGUAAAAUAAAAAAUAAAAUAAAUUGUAGGAGUAGUUAAAGCCUCGGGACGGACGGAUAUAAUGAUCAUAAUAGCGCCAACAUGAUUGGAAAAUGCGCUAAAAUUAAUUUUUUUCAGCUGCGGCCUCUUAAAGAUGAGCAAUUUUCCAAAAACUUGCGAUUUCUAUAAGAACAUUUUUUCCAUAUGACCCACCAUUUUCGAGAUACAGCCGAAAAACCGCAAAACUGUACCUGCAACCGCCUACCCUUCCUCCGGAGGCACCAAAAUCGCUUGGGACUAUUACGCAAUCAUCAGGGGAUCUUCAACCACACAUUUCUGAAAAAAUUGGAACUACACAAAUUAUUUUUUCUAUUUGCCGUGUUUUUUCUUGCAUAGUCGUAAACGAUAACUAAUUCAUAACAAUUUCAUGCACUUUUUUAGACACUUAGCAAUAUGAUAAUACCCUACCAAUGUGUAAUAUAAACAAAUCUUACUGCAUGUUUGCGAUGAACGGGUAUCAUUUAAAUCUUGCAGUAUUCCGUUUUGGGGAUUUCUUUAGAUAACCGGCCUUCUCUUUCAUUGUUGGUAAGUCUGCGCCAUCUUUGAAGAGUGAUCUGGACCGAACCUAAAAGUGGAACAGAACCGUUAUUUUUAAUUAGCGCUAUUCUAUGACUAUGAAAUGUUCAGAAAGUCCUUAGGCAAGUGCCCCCUACAAGCCAUUAGACACAAGUUACUGUUGUCGUUGUCAAUAGAAUCAUAUAGAAGUCAGUGGAAUUUUCCUGAUGCAUACACGAAACUUGUAUACCCUCUAAAUACUUUAGUGUUGAUUCGAGGCUUAGAUUAUAUAUACCUCACAUUUACUUUCAAUAAGGAGCAUCUGUGCCAACAUACCUUAACCUUUUCGCUGCUAAAUUAAAAAUUCGAGUGUAAACAGCCUGUGCUGAAUUAAAAUUGUACCAAACGUAUAUUUACGUACGUCGCACUGAGAGAAAUCGUCGCGCGUAUAUAUACGUCAUCAGCAGAAUGAUUUGCAGCACCCAGCACGUGCAUAUACGUGCACAGCAAGGUUGGGAAGUAAAGCUCAAUGUAUUUUAUCGGAGGGGCAUCAAAAUUUGUUUAUUUAUUUCUGUUUUGAUUUUUUUAUUUUUUAUUUAAUUUUUUUAUAUUUUUUUUAUAUAAAAACAAAAAAAUAAAAAAAAAUAAAAAAUAAACCGCAGCCUCCUACUUCGUCAAUCGAACGUAUUCAUCCGCCAUCUACUGACUGACUUAUGGAUAAAACAAUUUAUCAAACGUCUGAAUAAAUAACUACUACAACAAAAUAAAUGCGCACACGUGUUACCUGAAACCGUUUUUAGCGUAAUGGACAAAACUAAAUUGAGUCGUGUUGGUACUCGUUGGAAAGCUCACGAAAUGGGCUUUCCGAUGGUGUGCAAAUGAUUGCAGCACGUUAAUAUACGGAGGUAGCACAGAAUUUUAAACAGGUACAACGUAUAUAUACGUACGUCGCACACAGAUUCCGCAUUUUUAGAACGUAUAUAUAUACGUGCGCAGCAGUGAAAAGGUUAAACCCUGUACCUAACAAAGACAUAGAUAUAUUUUGAACCGUAGUAGAACACCACUCAUGCGCAGUAGCAUCCGAAUGUAAACAGCUGAUAAGUGAUAACCAUAGGCGUUGCAAAAUUGGGUCACUUCAUAUUAAGUUACGAAGCACAUAUUUUCAUAUUUUGUAACUUAUGCAUAGAAUGAAAUUGCACUUUCUGUACUACUACGUUUACCACAAGUUAAAUGCACCAUUUUAAUUAUUACUUUCGUAACAACUACUUGCAUUUUCUACUAUAAUAACAUCGUAAACCCCUUUAUGUUCUACGGAAAUACACACCAAUGAAAUGUCGGUAAUGUCAAUUUGACAGACAACUCAAUGCGCAUGCUCGGUAUUCUACUGUAUAGCUAUCUCUCUCACACAUGUUGGCACUGAUUUAAUUGCUGAGCGCUAUAUCUAGGGAAUAUAUCUAAGAUUCGAGGUAAGUUUCAUUUGAAACUAGAUAGACUGGACUGGAUUGACCAGGUAGCAUGUCUCCACAAGGGGUUUUUCUAAGAAUCUUCGGACGCUUUGAACAAAGAACGGUAAGCCUAAAAGCCAAUUUAUAAACUUAAACAGUCGCGUCUGCGUUUCUUGUUCGCGUCGGCCGUUGCAGUUCGGACUUUCGGGGUACGCGCUGAAUUUUGUAUUUAUAAAUUUUCCAACGUUGAACAUCGAGCUUAUUUCGGUUAGUAACAUACCUACCCUACAGUUUAUCCAUGCAAGUGACAAGAAGUAAGUAAAUAAGUUAGCGUGAGGUGCUUUCAAAAAUUGUGAACAUUCAUAUUACUGUAUAAACAAUGUCGGCUUGGACGUCGAGGAUAUACCUAUGUGUAUUAAGACGUAUGGUAAAAACUGACAACUGUAGCAAAAUAGUAAAGAUUUUUUUCACUAGUAUCAGUUUAGUUAAUUUUAUUCCACACUUUAAAUCUUUAGAGAAAGUUAUCGUGUCUAUCUUUGGAUAGGUACGUUAAAUGCGCUGUAUGCAAUUAUUAAUGUAUGCAAACUAAGCAUAAGCCCACAUUUUUGAGUGAUUAUAGUAGACCAGUUGUGUAAAAUA